GGACAAGAGCGCCGUGGCCAAAAUGGGAGCGGUGGCCAGCGCCAGCGUGUGCGCCCUGGUCGGCGGGGUGGUCCUGGCCCAGUAUAUCUUCACCAUGAAGAAGAAGACGGGCAGGAAGACCAAGAUCAUAGAGAUGCCGUUCCAAUUUGCCUGCUGUCAGAGCUGCCCAGUCAUUGGAAGUCUGAGAUUCUGUUGUUGGUGUCCCCCGCUGAUCAUCUGUAACUCUGACAGGCUGGAUUGUUGAGCCAUGCCUUCCUGAUGUGCGUCACAGGGGCGGGUUCUUUUUGCCCAGGGAUUAGUCAGGCUGCUUUUGGAAACGCCCUCAGCUGCACCUUGUGCUGCUAUAUUAGUGUUUGCCUAGCAGGAAGAAUUUUCUUUUUGCUGCUGCAGCAGCCUCAGCCAGCCCCUCCGCCUGUAUGCAAGCCCUGCAUCUCUGGAUUCUGAUUGCCACCUGUGCUGUUGCGGUAGGAAAGAAUCAAGAACGGAAGAACCAAGAGUGCCCUAAGCUCAGCACACAGAUGCCUGAAUUUCAGAAAAAGACUGUCCAUAUCAAGGACCCAGAAAGAGUGGAAGAAAUUAUCUGUGGCCUCAUCAAAGGUGGAGCUGCCAAACUUCAGAUAAUUACAGACUUUGAUAUGACAUUAAGUAGAUUUUCCUACAAUGGAAAAAGAUGUCCAACAUGUCAUAACAUCAUUGACAACUGCAAACUCAUCACAGAUGAAUGUCGUAAAAAGUUGCUACAACUGAAAGAAAUAUAUUAUGCCAUUGAAAUUGACCCAAAUCUUACAAUUGAAGAGAAGUAUCCUUACAUGGUUGAGUGGUACAAUAAAUCACAUGCUUUGCUUAUUGAGCAAGGACUGCAAAAGGACAAGUUUACAGAGAUUGUGAGGGAGUCGGACGUUAUGCUGAAAGAAGGAUAUGAGGCCUUCUUUGAUAAGCUCCAUGAGCAUAAUAUUCCUGUAUUCAUAUUUUCUGCUGGCAUUGGUGACAUCUUAGAAGAGGUCAUCCAUCAGGCAGGUGUCUACCAUCCCAACAUCAAAGUAGUUUCCAAUUUCAUGGAGUUUGACGAGAAUGGUGUACUGAAAGGAUUUAAAGGGGAGCUGAUCCAUGUUUACAAUAAACAUGAUGGUGCCUUGAAGAACACAGAGUACUUUAAACAGCUAAAAGAAAAUAGCAACAUCAUAUUGCUUGGAGACUCCCAAGGAGACUUAACUAUGGCAGACGGAGUGGCCAAUGUGGAGCAUAUUCUCAAGAUUGGGUAUCUUAAUGAUAAAGUUGAAGAACUGCUGGAAAAAUAUAUGGACUCCUAUGAUAUUGUUCUGGUGAAGGAUGACUCUUUGGAUGUGGCCAACUCAAUCCUGCAGAAGAUUCUGUAACCUGUUUUCACCAGGAUUUGAUCUUUCCUCCCAAUGGAGGCAGAUGGACAGAGCAGCAUGUUCAUGCUAUCUUAGAA